AUGGUCAGCUGCAUUCAGUGGGUGGAUGAAGCCAAUGGCAUCUUCCAAUUUGUCUCAAAGAACAAAGAGAAAUUAGCAGAGCUGUGGGGUAAAAGAAAAGGCAACCGUAAAAUCAUGACUUAUCAGAAAAUGGCCAGAGCCCUGCGGAAUUAUGGCAGAACUGGAGAAAUUAUGAAGGUUCGAAGAAAACUGACCUAUCAGUUCAGUAAGCUGAUUUUGCAAAGACUGUCUUCGGUGUGCUUUUCUGGGAAAGAAAGCAUAUACUACCAAUAUGUUCAGCCUGACCUGGAAUACUGGAGUAACUAUCAUGACAUGGACAAUAAGUAUACUUACAAUAGCAAUGUGUAUUCUUUAAAAUGGUUGUAA